AUGAGAGGUUACAAAAAGCUGGGUCUCUCUCCGGGAGUGCAUACAGUAACCCACGCAGACAAGUGCUUGAAGAGACGCCAUGCUCGAGGGACGAAGGCUCGCGAACCAUCUACAAAAAGAAAGCGACUUGAAAAUAAGAAAGACCGCACAACAAGUCAGGGGGCUAAAGAAGCAUUGGAGGGAGACAUGUAUCAGUCCGGCAUUGGUCACGAGGAAAAUGUUGACACAGAAACCAUUCCUGACCCUAUACCAAAGGCAAAUUUCAAACCUGUAAAGGUCAACGGGGAGCCAACAGUCAUAACUUUUGACUUAGAAACAACUGGUCUGAUUGAAGGAAGAGUGUUACCCCAGAUAACACAGAUUGCUGCCACGGAAUUGAAGUCGGGGUCAGAGUUCCAAACAUAUAUUAAACCUACUAUUGAAAUUGGUAGAGAAGCCUCCGAUAUUACAGGGAUAGCCAUGGUCAAUGGCGAAAUGACGGUUAAUGGUGAAGUUGUGAAGUCAGUUCCACUCAAAUCAGGCAUUGAGCAAUUCAUCACUUGGGUAUCCAGAUUCAGAAAUGUGUGUCUUAUUGCUCAUAAUGGGAGACGAUUUGACUUCCCUAUUUUGGUUUCCAUUCUUAGGAAAGGCGGCAAUUUGGAAAAGAUAUCUACAUGUGCUUUUAUUGAUUCAAUGUCUGUGUUUAGAAAGUUAUAUUCAAAGCAAUCACUUAAGCAAGUUGAUCUCGUGUCAACCCUCCUAGGUGAGACAUAUGAUGCUCAUAACGCUAUAGCAGAUGUUGUCGCCUUGGGAAAACUAGUCCAGUUUGAGAAGCUUCCAGCUGGGGACUUGAUGGCUCACAGUUUCUCACCUCGUGCCGUGUCCAUGAACAUGGACUUCAACAACGCAAAGGCAUUAAACUUACCAAGUUUAAGCCCGCUAGUGUCAGCUGGUAUUUUUAAAAGACCAACUGCUGAAAAUAUUGCUGGUUCGGGAUUACAACUGGUGCAUCUCAAAACAUUACAUAGUCGUGGGGGCGAAGAUGCGAUUCGAGACGUAUUUAAGAUGAACAAUUCGGAAGGCCUUCCAAGAGUGUCAUCCAACAAGAAAGUGCUGGAAGAUGUUGUUCCGAAAAUAGCUUUGUAUUUUGAAAAUCAACAAGCAAAUUCGUUCAAUUAAUAUCACUCGCCAAUAUGCUUUUGGACACGCAUACCAAGUUUCAAUGAAAUCCGCCAAACACUUUCAAUACUCUGGACACACAAAAAGCAUUUUUUUCAAGAUACAAAGGGCCAUAACUCUGUUAUUAUCAGAUGGUGUACAAUGUCAUUUGGCUUGCAUCCUCCUAUUAUCCAUAUAUAUACUCAUACCAAGUUUCAAUGAAAUCCGCCAAAGCACUUCCAAGAUAUUGUCCCGGACGGACGGAAAGACGGAAGGACGGGCGAACGGAAGGACGGACGGACAACACCAAAACAAUAUCCCUCCGCCUAUGGCGGGGGAUAAUAAUUGUGUAAUGCCAAAAACUUUGACAGUCGAGUAUAACAGAAGAGAGGGAAUGACAUUGAUAAUCAUUGCUUUUUAAGCAAAAUGUUUGAUACUUGUAUUCUAUGUUACCUAUAUCUGAUGUAUAUACCUGUAUAUAGAAAGUCAAUGUAAUUGGAUAUAUAGUAAUAAUUUAUUGAUCUAACAUAGGGAAAUUGCUUUAUAAUAUGUGUUAUUGAUAGAAGCUUUUGUCAAAGUAGAUAGUAAAUAUAUAUUGGCUUGAAUUGUGAAAAUUUUGGUACUUCAGCGUCUGUCGAUAUAGCCUCUUCAGUUACAGUUAAUAGAAUUAGAUAUGCUUGUAUGCUAAAAAUAAUUUCUUUGGAUAGCUUAAUAAUACUGCUUUUAUUCAUACUCAAUAGUUUUACAUAAAAUAUGUUGAAAUUUUUAUAAACAUUCUUCAAUUUUUUAAAUUAAAACAACGUUAUGGCUAAAUUGGGUGAUAUUCUGCUAAAACAAUAUGAACC